AUGAGGAGCUGCCAUGGGGGACAGACGGCGCAUGUUGGAGGGUCUGGUGGGGAUGGAGAUAAAACCAGGCCGGAAAACGCAGUAAAGAGUCGACGGAGAAAGAAACACCAAUGUGUUCCGCGUAUCCUGAGAGAUCUCUGCUACACUGUGGUUAAGGAGCACCAUCGGUAUUGGUGGUUGCGGCAACAGCGGCUGCUGGAGAUCACACUCACACACAUACAUAAUUGUAAACCACCGCAGCAGGUGGAUACGCCACCGCAUGCAACGAAGCGUUUUCCACUCACAUCUAUUACAUCAAUUGGGAUAAAGGGGGAGAAUUCAUUUUACUUUCAUGUCUCUGGUGAUCAUACGUAUUAUUAUUAUGCACCGAAAGCUAUUGAGAUUGUCCUUGAAAUUCAACGUUACGUUGCAUCUGCGAAUGCUGUGGCUCUUCUUUUGGAUACGAAAGAAGCGCAAAAAAGAGUUCUCAUGGAGGAGCUCAUCAUGGGUACCAUUCAUUUACCUGGGGUUUGGCAAGACACAAAGAAUAGUCUAUAUCCGUGGCAUAAUCGACGCUUGCUGAGGUUACAACGGGAAAUUAGCAAGGCGUUGAAGAAUGGAAGUAUCGCCGGAAGUGAAAAGCUGCAUGAUUUAAUUCUUCAUUGGAAGAUGAGGGGCGAAAACGAUGACAUGGAUCUAACUAAGUUACGCCGUGCAUUGGACGUGAUAAAAGAGGAAUGUGUGAGCGAUUUGAUACAUAAGUGUGUAAAGCCUCCGCCGGCCCCGUUUUGCCUUGCUUUCGCUGUGUGUGUUGAGGAUGUUUUACAGAGAACUGUCAUUCAGCCUAACUUUGACAAGAUCAUGUCUACUCUUCGAGAAGAUACCACCUUAUUGGGGAAAAAAGUACUGUUUAACCAAAAAUGUGAAUUGUUACGGGGAAGGUCAGCUGAUGUUUUUGAACUUCCGAGGGACUUGCGUUCAAUUAACUACAAACUCGUGCAGCGCAACUUUGACGCCUUGACAAACCUCCAAAGCCCCAACGACCUGAUAGAUCAGGUAGUCAACAUUGCCGCAUGCAUGUACUUGACCGUCUACGUGACGGCAAGGUUUCCCGACAAGAAUUCCGUCUUGCCAGCAACCAGCUCUAGAGCCCAUCAUGUUGGCAAGAGCGCCGUGGCAGAUGAGCAUUCUUUGCCCUUGCUGCGAAGCAAAACAUUGACUGAAGCAAAGAGUGCUCCCUGUCUGGAUCCAUGCGAGCCCAGGAAUGCAACUUUGCAGCAUGAGGAGAGGGAGGACAAUAAGGACAAGGAGAUGUAUGGAGGUCUUGACGCGUAUUCAAAUCAGAAGGAACCUUCUUCUGAGUCGCUGGGCAGUACGACGUUAUCCUCCACUAAUGCGCCUGCGUUGAGUGAGAGGCAUUUGCUGGAUGACAGCUCCGCAGACGCCGCAUCCCGGUUGCGUCGCUCGAGCUCUAGCGAGUACCGAGAAAUGGUGUUGCCCAUCAGUCCGAAUGAAUCUGUUGAUAACAAUGAGGAUGAGCUCAAUCUAUCUCCACUGCACGUGGAUUUGGGACUUAUGGCCCGACUGCAUCAUGGAGGAUGUUCUAUGGAUGAAAUGUUUCCACUUUUCGUGCACUUGUUGUGUGAGAUAGAUGUUCCAGAGCUUUGCAUUAUCGAACAUUUUAUUGACGUUUUGCGCGACCCUGAUGACACGUCAGAGCGUGCCUAUUACUUUACGACGCUAGCAGCCGCUAUAAAAACGGUGUGCGAGUGGCAACCUUGA